GUGUGACAUAAGUGGCCGCACAUUUAGAGAACUAGCCACUUCUAUAUAAGAAUAACAUUAGCAGCCCAAGGCCUUAUCUGGCACCAAACAUGAGUUCUCUGAAUCUUGGAACAUGGCCUCGUCCCACCUCUAUGUUGAACACACCUUCACAUCUCCUUCCCCUUUUUCACACUCUCACUCUCACAACAACGCUUCCCAAACUCGCAAGUGGAACCCCAAAACUAAUAUCUUCUUUUCCCCUCGUCUCUGCUGUGCCCACUAAGGAACACACAGUCACAACCCAGGAAAUUCAACUCCAAGACACGCCGCUCAACUUCGAUUUCAAGGGCUACAUGAUCGCCAAGGCCCACACGGUAAACCAAGCCUUGGACGCCGCCAUUGCGUUGAGGGACCCACACAAGAUCCACCAAGCCAUGCGCUACUCCCUCCUCGCCGGCGGCAAGAGGGUCCGCCCCGUGCUCUGCAUCGCCGCAUGCGAGCUCGUCGGUGGCACAGAGGCCACCGCCAUCCCCGCCGCCUGCGCCGUCGAGAUGAUCCACACCAUGUCGCUCAUCCACGACGACCUGCCAUGUAUGGACAACGACGACCUCCGCCGCGGAAAGCCGACCAACCACAAGGUCUACGGCGAGGACGUGGCGGUCCUCGCCGGCGACGCGCUCCUCGCCUUCGCGUUCGAGCACGUGGCAGCGUCCACGGAGGGAGUGUCGCCGUCACGCGUGGUUCGAGCGAUUGGGGAGUUAGCGAAGUCGAUCGGUACGGAAGGGCUUGUGGCUGGACAAGUGGUGGAUAUAGAUUCGGAGGGGGUGGCGAAUGUGGGGCUGGAGACGCUGGAAUUCAUUCACGUGCACAAAACGGCGGCGUUGCUGGAAGCUGCGGUUGUGUUGGGGGCAAUAGUGGGAGGUGGGAGCGACGAGGAGGUUGAGAAAUUAAGGAAGUUCGCCAGGUGCAUUGGGUUGUUGUUUCAGGUUGUGGACGACAUUCUGGAUGUGACGAAGUCGUCGGAGGAAUUGGGGAAGACGGCGGGGAAGGAUUUGGUGGCUGAUAAGGUUACUUAUCCCAAGCUAUUGGGGAUAGAUAAGUCAAAGGAAUUUGCUCAAGAAUUGUUAAAGGAUGCCAAGGAACAAUUGUCUGGCUUCGAUCCUCCAAAGGCGGCUCCCUUGUUUGCAUUAACCAAUUACAUUGCUUAUAGGCAAAAUUAAAAGUGAAAACAUUGGAUACCCUGUUUUCUCACUGGGGAACCACUCAAAUAAAUUUCUCUGCUUCCAUUUCCAGUCCUCAAUGCUGUACUGUUCUCCAGCGAUUAUUUGUAAUAAAAUAAACGUCUUUUUUCUUUUCUUGUUUUAGUUA